AUGCCAGUCGCCUGUCGAGCAGCCUUGGCGGCGCGCAUGCGCCGCAGGGUUGACCGACAGCCGCGCGCCUCGAGCCUCUCGCUCCAAGCGCCGGCAGCCACGCAGCGGCAAGACACGCAGUGGCCGCACUGCGGCGGUUGGACCCCGGCCCGUGCGUCGACAAAAACGCGCUAUCCGCGCGGCGGCGGGCCCUCGCGCCAGUCGCGCUCCCCCUCCCCUGACUCGCCGCCCGCGAAGCGCGCCUCCUCCGCCGACUCCUCCGGCUACGACUCCGAGACGCCCGACGAGGUCCAGACGGAGGCGGUGCGCAGGGUGUGCGGCGCGCUCGGCAUAAGGGAGCGGUUCGACGCGGCGCUGGCGGCGGGCGAGCUGCCCGAGCUGCUCGAGGGAUUGCCGUGUGGAAUGGUUGAGGCCUCCAUCCGUCUCAUGCGGGGGUACAUGCGCACGGGCAAGUGGCCCGAGCCCACCCUGCCCAGCCCUGAACCGGAGCGCGGCCGCUCGCGUAGUAGCUCACACUGCCCCUCAGAGUGGUCGGAGGAUUAG